AUGGACUACAACGGCGCCCACAUCAACCCAUCAACAGGAAAUAUUACUCAGUUGCAACAGAUUCACCAAAAAUAUGACAAGAUAGAGGGCCAGAUUCAAUGGGUUGAACAGAGCUAUCAUAUGCUAAUUGAAGCCUUUGGGGAGGAUGAGCUGGUCUGGCAGUUGCAAGGUCAAAUGGACACUGAUCACUAUCACAAGAGCUGGUCUACGGGGUACAUUGCCAGCUUCAUCAAAGCUUUCAAGGAUGUGAAGUUCAUGGCGGAAGAAUGCACAAAACAAUGGACAAAGGAUAGAAAUUGGCGCUGA